AUGCCAGGUGAUCGGGGUGAAAAAGGACAUCCAGGCACCAGUGGCGGACUAGGACCAAAAGGCAGCCGGGGUCUUCCUGGAGAUAUUGGAGAGAAGGGGGAACCUGGUACGAAGGGAGAUACGGGAGGUCAAGGAAUUGUGGGUCCUCCUGGGCCUACAGGCCGCAGUGGACAAAGAGGACCGCCUGGAAUAAAAGGAACACCAGGACUAUCGGGACUACCGGGCGAACAGGGAUGGAUGGGCGCACAAGGUCCUCCUGGUGCAAGUGGCGGACCUGGUCCGAAGGGUCUGGUCGGAGGAGAUGGCUACAAGGGUCCCAAGGGAGAGGCUGGUUCAAAGGGUGAAACUGGUAUAGAAGGUAUCCCUGGAACAAAGGGGCACAAGGGACCCACGGGUGAACCAGGUCCAUCUGGAAGAGAUGGUGGCAAAGGUCAUCAGGGUAAACCAGGAGCAGACGGGGCCUCUGGGCCUGCAGGCCCUCCUGGAUCUAGAGGUCCAGUGGGAGGAGUGGGAUUAAGAGGAGGCCCUGGAGAGAGAGGAGCCCCAGGUUCUCCUGGAGUGAAGGGAGAGGAUGGAGGACCAGGUUCAGAUGGACCCAAAGGGAUGAGAGGUGCCAUCGGACCGCCAGGCAUUGCUGGUGCACGUGGACCACCAGGGACAAAAGGAGAGCCUGGAGGUCCUGGCAUGAUGGGCAUGGCAGGCCUCCCAGGAGCCCCAGGCACCAGAGGAACCAAGGGUGGCAAAGGGCCACUGGGACUUCCUGGGAGACAAGGCCCCAAUGGGCUGGCUGGACAAAAAGGUGAUAGAGGAAACCCUGGAGAGAUCGGUACUACCGGUCCAAAUGGAGUUCCCGGUCCCCCGGGAAGGUCCGGUAACGCGGGGAAAAAAGGCGGCACGGGCGACAUGGGUCUGCCAGGGUCACCUGGUCCUGUAGGUCCGAAGGGAAUGGUGGGUGCUAAUGGUGAUCGCGGUUUUGAUGGCGAGCCUGGCACGCCAGGUGAUAAAGGGGAGCCGGCAGAAGGUGGUGCGGAUGGUAAAGACGGCAAAGAUGGAGGUCCCGGACCGAGAGGUCCGUCUGGACCUCCAGGUCCAAAAGGACCCGCUGGCGAGAGGGGAGAAGCUGGAGGUGCUGGUCCACCAGGAAGACCUGGUGAGCGUGGCCCUGAUGGUGAAUCGGGAGAAGAUGGUCUUCACGGCCCUCCUGGUAUCCCUGGACCUAAGGGACACAAUGGUAUGGAUGCUGAGAAAGGGGAGGAUGGCGACCCAGGUCCCAAAGGCAAUCCUGGACCUCCUGGAAUUGCUGGUAUCAAAGGAGGUGUUGGUCGACCGGGCCCUGUAGGUCCUUUUGGAAACCGAGGUGAUUCUGGCCCUCCAGGUCCUCAGGGAUCAUCAGGACUACCUGGACCUAUCGGUCCACUGGGACCUCCUGGACCUCAGGGAGGGCCAGGGGAACCAGGGCUUCUAGGGAAAAUAGGAAAACAGGGCCCUAAAGGUUUGGCUGGGGCAAGAGGUCCCCCUGGAGGUAGUGGUCCAGACGGCACUAUUGGGCCACCUGGUGAACCCGGUUUUGUCGGAGAACGCGGGAAGUAUGGUGCUCCGGGUAAACCUGGGCUCCCAGGGCCAGGGGGACUCGUUGGAGGCGGAGGGCCUCCUGGUAUACCAGGCGCCAGAGGCUACACUGGCGGUUCGGGAGCCCCUGGAAUAGCUGGAGUGCCAGGCGGAGUCGGACCGAAAGGCAGCCGAGGGGAUAACGGCCCCCGUGGGCCCAACGGUGCUGCUGGACCAGCAGGACUCCCAGGAGAGGCAGGCAAGGAGGGAACUCCAGGUCACAAAGGCCCGCAAGGACCACGUGGUCCAUUAGGAUCAAAGGGGGACAGAGGGGAGUCAGGGCCAGAGGGACUUCCUGGGAUACAGGGACAACCGGGUCCAAUGGGACCAAUGGGACCGGACGGCCCUGAGGGUAACCGUGGUCCGGCGGGUGCCAAAGGCCCGGACGGCGGUCCCGGAAGACUCGGGCCUGUAGGACCCACGGGUCCCGUUGGUCCUGCUGGAGAUAAGGGAGAGAAAGGAGUUUCUGGGGACUUUGGCAUCAAAGGACACAAAGGUUUCAAUGGGAUGGCUGGCUUGAUAGGAGCAGUGGGGCCCCCUGGAGACGCUGGUGUUGCUGGUGAGCCAGGCAGAGUAGGACCCCAGGGAUACAACGGUCGAGAUGGAGCCGCCGGGAAGGACGGGCCAGAUGGUCUUCCAGGCCCAAUCGGACCACCGGGGGGUAGGGGAAUCGGCGGCGACACAGGACCUCCAGUACGUCCCCAUAUGGUCCCCCUGGUCAACCUGGGCAGCCCGGUCCCCCGGGACCUCCAGGCCCAGGCCCAAUAA